CAGCAACUGUAGUGUACAACAUCCAGGAAACGAGAUCGAGAGGAUUUACUGGUCUGUUAGUGCUCAUGAAAUCAUGAGCUCCAAUCCAGGUCACUACGGGGGACUUGUUGUAACAUCACCAACAAUCAGGACAGAAAAUGGGUUGCCAUUGAAACAGCUCAAGCUUCUUAGAGCUGACGAUACUUUGCUCAUUGGUCAUGUUUAUCGACUUGUCGGUUUUGAAGGUACACUUUUUUUAAUUAUUAAUUCUUAAGUAACUAAUUUGGAAUUAAUGUUAAUUAAACUUUUAAUUUCGAGUUUGCUGCAAAAAAAUGUGUUAAAUUGGGAAGGCUGUUGCAAGAGAGUGGAGGGCUUGGAGUAGAGAUGAAGAGGAUGAGCUCAUCUUGUUGGCUGAACCCUAAUCCCAGCCCGUUAUCUAACUCCAAUUCCAUUACGUGUGUGUCAGAAUACUUGACAGGAGAUGAUAAUGCUUGCCCUGCUUCUGACUGCAAAGAACAACUUGGUUCCGAUGUUGUUUUCUCUGAAGCUACUUUUAGAAGAAGAAUCUCUGACAACCUCGCUAGCUCCUCAAAUUCCACAUAUGAUGAUACAUCAGUAGUCCUUCAGCAUGAGUAUAGUUCCUCAAAAAUCAAAGCUGUUCUUGAGGUUCAAUCCCAUUGUAAGUGGACUAGCAUGUUGGAUUUGGUUGAAAUUUCACUGAAUCAGUAUUGCAUCCAGUAUAGAAGGCUUGACGGGACACUGACUUUGAGUUCAAGAGACAGGGCUGUUAAAGAUUUGAACACUGAUCCCAAGGUCACUGUGAUGCUAACGUCCUUAAAGGCAGGAAACCUUGGUUUGAACAUGAUUGCUGCAUGUCAUGAAAUCCUUCUGGAUCUUUGGUGGAAUCCAACCACUAAGGAUCAGGCUAUUGAUCGAGCUCAUAGAAUUGCACAGACUCGUCCUGUUACAGUAACAUGACUUACCAUAGAAGAUAGAAGAUAGAAUAUUAGCUCUUCCGGAAAAGAGUCAAAGUGGGGGUUCAGCUACUCGUCUUACAGUGAAAGAUCUCAAAUAUCUAUUUAUGUUCUAGGACAAACACCCCCCCCCCCCCCCCCAAAUUCUUUCACGUUGCCUCUCAUUGCCAUCUAUUUAUGUUCUAGGACAAGCCCCCCAAUUCAUUCACGUUGAAUUUUGAACAGUUAGGAAGCCAGGAGGAAACCAAUUGCUGCACUUGUGAACGCCUGCCCAUGUUGUAGCUCAAAUCAAAAUCGUGGGGACUGGCAUGUUUUUGGGUGUUUUAUUUCUUGUUUUACGAGUGCCAUAAUUGGCAUUUAUGUUCUCUCAUCAAGUGCAGAGAACACCGGAGGCAGAAAUAUUUGUAAAUAUUAUUAUAAUUGCCUAAAAUAUAUGAAGCAAUUAGUUUGUGCAAAUGCAUCAAGGGUGUGGAGUGUGUA